AUGUUGGCAAAACUUCUCAGUUCGUCUGCUCCGUAUCAUCUUCUUUCAUAUGCUUCUGUAACAGGUAUUACUCUUUGGCAUUCUUUCAUUGGUGGUCCAGUUGCUUUCAAAACUUUGCCCCGUCAGCAAUUUGGUCUACUCCAAAGCAAACUUUUCCCUAUAUACUUUUCAUUGCAAACUGUCCUUAACGGCAUAUGUCUGUUGACAACAUCGAAUCGCAAUGGUCGUAUCAUAUUCAUUAUUGGUCUCGUAUGUGGACUACUGAAUUUAGCGAUUGUAGGACCUUGGACGACAAAGAUUAUGAAUGAAAGACACAAAGUUGAGAAAGAAGAAGGAAAACAAUACAACGAACCUGGUAUUAGUGAUCGAUUGAAAGCGUUAAACAAGCGAUUUGGCAUGGCUCAUGGAUGUAGUUCAAUUAUCAAUGUGGCAAUUGUGCUCUCGCUUCUUGCAUACCCAUUCGUUUCAUCUGAAAUCAAAUUUUAG